GCAGCAGCGGCGCCCCCGGCCGCGCAGAGCUUGCGGCGCCGGCGCUCAGCAUGCACGAUGGCUCGGGCGCGCCGCCGGGCAUCUCUGGCAACGGCGGCGGCUCGGCUCCGUCGUCGGCUGCCGUGCUCGAGUCUGCACUUGACGCGCUGAGACAGCGCGCUCCGCGCUCUGGCGACGGCGCCCUCUCUCCGAGCCAGCUCGCCGCCUUCCUGGUGCCCCUUCUCUCCGACGGCUCGAACGGGUCCGAAGCGCCCCUGCUCGAGCGCCGUCAUCGCCGCGCACUUGUGCGCGCUGUGGCCGAGCAUGUCGGGCCCGAGGGCGUUGCGCAGGUGCUGCCGCAGACCCUGCCGAACGUGCGCUUCUCGCCGAUGCGCAGCGUGGCAGACCUGCUCGCAGACCUCGGCCCCGACGGCGUGCCCAGCGUCGAUGUCGCACGCGCCGUGCUGUCGCGCUUCGGCAUGUCCGAGAACGCGCCGCCAGACGAGGGCACCGUGUCGGACAUUCUCGGCGGACUGCUGAGCGUCACGCCGGACGAGCUCGAAGGCGGCAUCGCUACGGACUAUGCCUGCGUCGUGCGCGCCAUCUGCAGCAUCGCGCCGCGCUACCUCAAUUGGUCGCGCGCCGUGCGCCUGCUCGACGUGCCGGAAGGCCUGACGCUUGCGCCAGGCUCGAACUGGAACGGCUUCGCCGCAGCGCUGCUGGCCGCUCCUCGUGACGCACAGCAGUCGCCGGCCGUGGCUGGCCUUUGGGGCGCGUGGGCCCAUCGCUUCCGCCAGCUGCAGAUCCUUGGCGGCCUUGUGGCCCUGCCGGCCGAUGCCUUCUCCUUCCUGGCGCUUCCGGGCCGCCGCAUUGUCUCGGUCGACGACGUGGCUAAUGCAAGCCAGACCGUCAAGAGCCUGGCUGCGCAGGUCCAGAACAGCUCGUGGAACUCGCUCGACCUCAUCGAGAGCCUGACGCAGAUCGCCGAUACCGACGAGCACGACGUGCGGAUCGCCGUGACGGAGAUCCUCGAGAAGGCCGUCAAGUCGAGCGCGGAGCUCGUGCUCAUGGCGCUGGUGCAGAUUCCGCAACCCUGGACGACGGUGCAUGCCGAGCUCGCCUCCAAGCUGCUGUCGAUGUUCUUCGCCGGGCACCCGUCGCACCAGCUCGUGUUCCUGCGCAUCUGGCAGACGAACCGGGGCUACCUGCUGAACGCGUUCCGCGGCUUCUACGUCGAGAACGCGAUGAACAUCACGCGCCUGCUCGAUGUCGCACAGGACCUCAAGAUCCUCGAUGCGCUGCUCGACGCGCGGCCGUUCUACUUUGCGCUCGACGUGGCCGCGCUGGCCUCGCGCCGCGAGUACCUCAACCUUGAGAAGUGGCUGCAGGACAGCAUGCAGGCGCACGGCAGCGUCUUUGUGCGCGCCUGCCUCGAGUUCCUCGACGCCAAGGCCAAGGACGACCUGGCCAAGCAGGACCCGCAGGCCGAGCAGAACUUCAUGCCCCUCACCGUGCAGACCGUCGCGGUCUUUCUGCGGGUGCUGCGUGCGCAUGGAGACAGCCUGAGCGCAGAGGAGAUCGACUACUUCAAGGUCGUGCGGAACCUCUGCCUGCAGCUGCACCCGCGCCUGAUGAACCUUGCGCCCGGCGCCGAGGCGCAGGAGCCCGGCCUGCACGUCGUCACCUUCCCGCAGGACAUCCACGAAGAGGCGGAUUCGUGGUACCGGCAGAUGUACGAGGAGGAGAUCAGCAUCAGCGACGUCGUCUCGCUGCUGCAGCGCACCAAGGCGUCGGACGACCCGCGCGACCACCAGAUCUUUGCCUGCAUGGUGCACACGCUCUUCGACGAGUACCGCUGGUUCGACCUCUACUACCCGCCGCGCGAGCUGGCGAUGACGGCCGUCGUCUUUGGCUCGCUCAUCCAGCACCAGCUGAUCGACUACAUCCCUCUCGGCAUCGCCAUCCGCUACGUGCUCGACGCGCUGCGCGAGGCGCCCGAGUCGAACAUGUUCAAGUUCGGCCUGCAGGCGCUGCUCCGCUUCCAGGACCGCCUGCCAGAGUGGCCGCAGCUCGGCCAGGCGCUCCUGGCGCUGCCGCACGUGCAGCAGUCGCACCCAGACAUCGCGCGCAUGGUGCGCGCGGCAAUGUCCGGCCAGGCUCCGCAGCAGCAGCAGAACGGCGGCGGCGACGGACGCGAGCUGUCGGCGGCGCCCGAGGAGGAGAAGGUGCCCUUCACGGCGCUGAACGUCGACCCCAUCCUCGACGCCGAGGAGCAGCGCGAGCCGGCCGAGGACACGUCGGACCGCAUCCUCUUCCUCCUGAACAAUCUGUCGCCCAGCAACCUGGACGCGAAGCUGGUCGAAGCUCGUCGUCUGAUCACGCCCGACCUGCACCACUGGUUCAGUUCGUACCUCGUGCUGCAGCGCGUGUCGAUCGAGCCGAACAACCACGGCCUCUACACGCAGUUCCUCGAUGGCCUGGAUGCUGCGACGCUGCUGCACCACGUGCUGCACGAGACGUUCGUCAAGGUCAAGGCGCUGCUCAACUCGGACAAGACGGUGCAGUCGACGACGGAGCGCACGCUGCUCAAGAACCUCGGCUCCUGGCUCGGCGGCCUGACGCUCGCGCGCAACAAGCCUGUGCGCCAUCGCAACAUUGCCUUCAAGGAGCUGCUCAUCCAGGGCUACGACAGCAACCGCCUCAUCGUCGCCAUUCCGUUCGUCUGCAAGGUCCUGGAGCAGUGCGCGCGCUCGACGGUCUUUGUGCCGCCGAACCCGUGGCUCAUGGCGGUGCUGCGCCUGCUCGUGGAGCUCUACCACUACGCCGAGCUCAAGCUGAACCUCAAGUUCGAGAUCGAGGUGCUGUGCAAGAGCCUGAGCAUCGACCUCAAGCAGGUGCAGGCCACGACGAUCCUGCGCAACCGUCCGCAGGAGCUGGCAGCCGCUGCCGCCGCCGCGCAGCAGGCGCAGCUUCAGCAGCAGCAGCAACAGCAGCAGCAACUCCAGCAGCAGCAACAGCAGCAGCAGCAGGCCCAGCACGCUGCGCACCAGCAGGCUCAGCAGCAGGCGCAGGCUGCCGCGCAGGCCGCAGCGCAGCAGCAGCACCAGCAACAGCAGAUGCAGCAACAGCAGCAGAUGCAGCAGCAGCAACAGCAGCAGCAGUUCCCGCAGCAGCACGCGCACCAGCAGCAGCUCGCGCAGCAGGCCUCGCACGGACAGAUGGGCCAGCACCAGCAGCAGAGCGGCGCUGGCGGCCUUGCGCACGACCUCGAGCGUCUGUCGAUGGGCGCCGGCGGCGCGGGCUACGGGCCCGGCGCCGCUCAGCGCGCUCGCGCUGGCCCGCCGCAGAAUGGUCCGCCGUCCAGCGGCGCUGCGCCGGCGCACGCGUACUCCGACUCGCUGGCGCUGAUGCUGCAGAGCCUGGCGCACUACGUGGUCAUCAGCCCGCAGCUGACGCUGUUCGCGAACAACGCGACGCUCAAGCGCAUGGUGUACGUCGCAAUCGACCGCGCGAUUCGCGAGAUCAUCGCGCCCGUCGUCGAGCGCUCCGUCACGAUCGCCUCGAUCUCGACGCGCGAGCUCGUCACGAAGGACUUUGCCAUGGAGGGCGACGAGGGCAAGAUGCGCAAGGGCGCGCACCAGAUGGCGCAGAACCUCGCCGGCAGCCUGGCGCUCGUGACGUGCAAGGAGCCGCUGCGCAUCAGCAUGGUGACGCACGCGCGCACGCUCUUCCUCCAGAGCGGCUUCACGGAGCAGACGCUGCCGGAGCAGGCGCUCGUCGUCAUCAUGGGCGACAACCUGGAGCUGGCCUGCUCGGUGAUCGAGCGUGCCGCCAUGGAGAAGGCGCUGCCCGAGGUCGACGAAGGACUGGCCAGUGCCUUUGCCAGCCGCCGCGACCACCGCGCGCGCGGCAGAGGCUACUACUGGGACAGCCAGGCGCUCACGACGUCGCAGUAUGCCGCCACGCUGCCCGAUCUGCUGCGUCUCAAGCCCGAUGGCCUGCAGCCCCAGCAGCUGCGCGUGUACGAGGACUUUGGCAAGAUCCCGCGCGCGGCACCGGCCGGCCUGCUCGGCAGCGACGGCGAGCGUGGCGCUGCCGCCGCGCCGCCUGGCAUCGCCGGUGCUGAUGGCUACCCUGCCUCGGCGGGCGGCGCUCCUCCGGGCGGCCUCCUCGAGAGUGGCUCGCUGAGUGCGCAGCAGAGUCUCGAGAAGUUCUCGCAGUGCCUUGCGGACCUCGAGCGCCUCUUGCAGCAGGCUGGGCCCGAUGCAUCGAUCGCCACGCUGUCGCCCGAGGACGACCUGCGCCUCGUCGUGCGCCAGGUGCCCAUGCUGGCGGCCGCGUCGGUGAGCCGCGACGAGACGGCCCUGGCCUUCUCACAGAAGGUCGUGCAGCUGCUGUACAAGAGCGAGACGGCCAUCGCGCGCGACAUCUUCACGAUCCUGCUCGAGCGCCUGUGCGAGGUGUCGAUCAAGGUCGCCAAGGAGGUCACCGCCUGGCUCAUCUACGCCGAGGACGAGCGCAAGUUCAACGUGCCCGUCACCGUCGGCCUCAUCCGCGCUGGCCUGAUCAACAUCGUCGAGCAGGACAUGCAGCUGUCCAAGUUCAUCGCGCGCGACCUGCGCCCCAGCGUCGUCGACUUUGCCGCGCGUCUGGCGCUCGAGUGCCUGCGCGAGCCGGCCUGCGCCACGCGCGGCCAGCUCGUGCACACCAUCGAGGCGCUGCGCCGCGCCUCGCGCAGCGGCAAGGCCACCGAUGCCGCCGGCCACUUCCUCGCGGAGCUCGAGGACGGCCAGCUGAGCCAGGCAAAGACGGACAUUGGCAACUCUGCCCUGCGCGAGCAGCUCGCAUACUGCUUCGCCGAGUGGGUGCGCCUCUUCCAGCAGUCGCCCAACGCCGAGAAGAGCUUCAUCGACUUUGUGACGCAGCUGCAGCAGCAGGGCAUCCUCAAGGGCGAGGAGAUCUCGUCGAUGUUCUUCCGCGUGUGCGCCGAGGUCGGCGUGGACAGCUACAUCAAGCAGAAGGCCGUCGGCGGCUCGCUCGCCACGGGCAUCUUCAGCCCGAUCGACGCCUUCUCGAAGCUCAUCGUGCUCAUGAUCAAGUACCACGCCGAUCCCACGGGCGCCAACAACGAGCAGGCCAAGGUGCACUACCUGACCAAGAUCCUCUCGAUUGUCGUCCUUGUGCUCGCGCAGUCGCACGAGGAGCUCGGCCCGCACUUCCAGCAGAAGCCCUUCUUCCGCCUCUUCAGCAGCCUGCUGCACGACCUGCACCUGGCCGAGUCGAGCCUGCACCUGACGUACUUCCAGGCGCUGCUGGCCAUCAGCAACACGCUCAACACGCUGCAGCCGAGCUUCUUCCCGAGCUUCACCUUCUCGUGGAUGAGCCUGAUGUCGCACCGGCUCUUCAUGCCCAAGCUGCUCGGUGCGCCCGAGCUCGUCGGCAGCACGGCGCGCCAGGAGGGCUGGUCGGCGUUCCACCGCCUCUUUGCCAGCCUGCUGCGCUUCCUUGCGCCGUUCCUGCGCACGGCCGAGCUGCGCGACACGUCGCGCAGCCUGUACCGCGGCACGCUGCGCAUCCUGCUGGUGCUGCUGCACGACUUCCCGGAGUUCCUCUGCAACUACCACCACAGCCUCUGCGACAUCAUCCCGCCGUCGUGCAUCCAGCUGCGCAACCUCGUGCUCUCGGCGUUCCCGUCGCGGCAGCACCGCCUGCCCGACCCGUUCACGCCCAACCUCAAAAUCGACCGCCUGCCCGAGAUCAGCCAGGCGCCCGUCAUCCUGUCCGACUACGUCUCGGCUCUCGAGCAGCCGCAGCAGGCGCCGCUCUUUGCCGGCGCGCAGCCGAGCGGCGGCAGCGGCGGCAGCCCGGCGUUCAAGGCGGCGCUCGACGCGUACCUGCGCGACCGUGCCCCUGCCUCGUUCCUCACGAGCCUGAAGGACGCCGUCGUUAGCCCAGCCAACGCUGCGCGCGAGAUUGACUACGCGCGCGGCGAGUCGCGCUACGAUGUCACGUUCAUCAACGCCCUCGUGCUCUACGUCGGCAUCGCGGCGAUCCAGCGAGACGGCCUGCUCAACGGCAACGCGCAGGUCGACGUGGGCAUCGACGUGUUCCAGCAGCUCCUCGACGACCUGGAUGCGGAAGGUCGCUACCUGCUGCUCACGGCUGCGGCGAACCAGCUGCGAUACCCCAACAGCCACUCGGCGUACUUUAGCUACCUGCUGCUGUACCUCUACGGCGAGGGUCACGAGGGUGACGCCUCGACGAAGGAGCAGAUCACGCGCGUGCUGCUGGAGCGCCUCAUCGUCAACCGCCCGCACCCGUGGGCGCUGCUGCUGACGACGUUCGAGCUGCUGCGCAACCGCCGCUACAUCCUGCCCAAGGCACCGGCAGAGAUCGAGCGCCUGCUCUCGCACAUGAAGGCCGGCCUCGUCUCGGGCGCCACGGACAGCGGAGCGCCUGGCGGCCCGACGGAGGGCGGCGCCUCGAGCCCGGGCUCGCAGCACAUGCUCGCUGCGAACUUUGCUGCAGACGCCAACGCGGCGCACCUGCAGCACGAGCUGCGCAACGGCGCCUAGACGCGCGCUCCUUGCGGCCGAGCCUCUUCUUCCGAUGAUCCCGGCCGGCUCUGUUCUCCAUAUUCAAGCCACGCAUCUUGCAACAAACAACGUCUCGGGGCGAUCGCGGUCACUCGUCAUCCAAUGGUCAAUGCUCGCCGCGCUCUCUCUCUCUCCUCUUCCUCACCCUCCCACGUAGCACUUUCUUGCCAUUAAUGGCCCCGUACCACCACCGCGACGCAGCUAGUUGUCCCCCUUGGCCCCCCCUGCGCUGUCGCUGCAGCGUCAUGUCCCCCUUUCAGUCCCGAUCUACCCUGCCUCCCUCCUGCUCCUACAAGUAUGCAAUGCCCCGACGCGU